CUGUUGUAGUCUCGCUCACUUCCCCGAGCCACGUCGCGCAAUACUCGCCAUUUUCCUCGAUUUUUAGCGAGCAAGAAUCCAAUAAUCGUCGUUGUUUUUAACCAAAAACGACUAGAUCACUUAUUUUUCGUCAUCAUAGCCGCAUUUAGAUAUUCUCAGGGUCUCGAUUCUCGCCAAGUCUGCUGGAGCUGUCUGAAACAUGAAUAUUUUCAGGCUAACCGGCGACCUGUCCCACCUAGCAGCUAUCAUCAUCCUGCUGCUAAAAAUAUGGAAAACCCGCUCCUGUGCCGGAAUCUCCGGAAAGAGUCAGGUCCUGUUUGCGUUGGUUUUCACCACUCGCUACUUGGACCUGCUUACAUCCUUCAUCUCCCUGUACAACACAACCAUGAAGAUCAUUUACAUCGGAUGCGCAUAUGCCACUGUGUACCUCAUCUACCUGAAGUUUAAAGCGACUUACGACGGAAACCACGAUACGUUCCGGGUGGAGUUUCUCGUCAUCCCCGUCGGUGGACUCGCGUUUUUGGUCAAUCACGACUUCUCGCCCUUGGAGAUCCUGUGGACGUUCUCUAUUUACUUGGAGUCGGUGGCCAUCCUGCCACAGCUCUUCAUGAUCAGCAAGACUGGCGAGGCGGAGACCAUCACCACGCACUACUUGUUCUUCUUGGGGCUCUACAGAGCAUUGUACCUUAUCAACUGGAUAUGGAGGUUCUACUUUGAAGGGUUCUUCGACAUGAUUGCCAUUGUCGCAGGGGUGGUGCAAACCAUCCUCUACUGCGAUUUCUUCUACUUGUAUGUAACAAAAGUUCUCAAAGGAAAGAAGCUGAGUUUGCCUGCUUAAGUGCCAAAGAGGAGCAUUUUAGCAGACUCAAAGUAAGGGACUGGCCGGGACGAGGAGUCGCACGGACACCUUUCACCUACCCUCGUCCCCUCCACCAUCACUCCCCAACUUCCUCCCGCCAGAGUAAGAUGCUUGAGACAGAAAGCAAGUAGGAGUGGCUGUGCAUCGUUUUCUGACCAGCAUCUGAACAUCCGCAGAAGCUAGUCCCUUCUUAUUGGGUAUCUGUUUGACGCAUCUUACAUUUUUUUAAAUUACUUUGUAUAAAGGAAGGAAAAAAAUGUGGGAAAUAUUUUCUACAUAAAGUUUUCUGAAGAAAUAUGAGAAUUUGUUGCAUUGAAAACCGUGGUUGUGGAAUAUUUUGAGAUGUACAUUCUAAAUAAAUACACAUUACUUUCAGUUUUAUUUUGGAAAGAUUAUCAUGCAUUGUAUGAAUUUAGUGGCGGGGGGGAGUUUUAAUGGUAAAUAGUUUUUGUAUUUUGAAGAUGAUGGGAUCUUUACUUUUACAGUAAUGAAAAUUACUGUUAACGCAUGAUUGGACUAUAGGAAAAUAUUAAUGAGCUUUCAGAGUUGAUUUUAUUACAAUGUAAUACAAGAUUAUUAAGUCACAUUUGUAAUUUUUACAUUAUUAUGGGCAUUAUGCAUAUUAUGCCACAAUGGUGACUAGAUUUCUGAACAGACGUGCAACAAAGUCAAACACGCAAAUGAACAUUUUGAAGGCUAAGUUGCGUCCACAACACUAAUAAUUUGUAAGACACUCCAUCAUACAAGUCUUUUAAGAUUUCUGGUGGUUGGAGAUGAUUUUGUUCAUCUUGUUUCUAAUGAACAAGAGUCAUAAUCGUUCAACUGUUUUGUACAAUUGUAACUUUCUGUGCAUUCUGCUUUGCUGAAUCCUCUGUAGUUAUCUUUUUUUUUUUUUAAUCUUCAUGCAGGCAAUUCAAAACUGAAAAUUUCAGAGCUUUUUCUACAUGUUGCCAAUGCCACCACAAAUAAAGACUAAAAUGGCUGA